AUGGUAACAGCAGUGGACAUGUCCAAGUAUAUGGAGAAAAUUCACGAGGCCCUAUUCCUAUGUGAUGGCCUGCAGACCAUCCUCAGACACGAUGAUGUCAGUCUACCUCCCCAAGAGCGGUUCCAGAUCUUAAGCGCUCUAGGGCAGGACAUCAAAAUCAACAAAAAAUUUUCCAAGGCUUCUUACAUGAGCCUGAGAGAUGACUUCUUCCAAAUGGCGGCUGACCUGGAUGAAUGUGGAAAAGAAGAAGCAGCCUUCAUUCUCUAUCAUAAAUUCCUCACAUUAUAUUUGGAAAAACUGAACAUUGGCCCAAAACUCCGAAAAAAAGAUGCCCAUGGUAGAAGAUCAAACUUCAACAAGAUUCUAAAGAUCGUUUUUGACAGGGCCGAGGCUCUAAAGAGGAAACUACUAAACAAAUAUAAUAGGGAAUACGAAAAAUACCUAAUGGAGAUGAAGAAUAAAGAAGAGGAAGCAGCAGAGUGGACUUUCUUCUGGGAGGACAUAAAUUCAGAAUAUUCCACUUCUUGCACUAUUCCGUUUGAUCCAUUGUAUGGAUCUAAAGAAAACAAAAGUGGAGAAGUGGGACCUGGAAUAACAUCAACAGCAGAGGAAGCUCAACCUUCCUCAGUACCAAUCAAAACCUCCAGCCCACCACAGCAGUGUGCAGUAGAGGAAAACACUAAGUUUGUCACCCCAAGCACAUCAUCAUCUGCCAAGGGGCCUGGGGAAAAUGACCCAGAGAAAAGCAUAGUACCAACUGAAACCUCCAGCCCAUCACAUCAGUGUUCAACAGAGGAGAUCUUGAAGGUCAUCUCCCCAAGCACAUCAUCAUCUGCAGAGCAGCCUGGGAAAAACGACACAGACGUAAGCACAGUUCAGAAAGUCAAAAGUCUACGUCCUGUAAUCCUCCCUCACGAUUUAUGUGAGAAAUUUCUAAAGUCUGCGAGGAAGAACACUAAGAAGAAAAUUGAGACCUGUGGUGUUUUGUGCGGAUCCAUGGUAGGAGAGGAAUACCAUAUCACGCACAUAGUCAUACCACUCCAGGAAGGAGGCCCUGACUAUUGCUAUGCCACCAAUGAAGAGGAACUGUUUUUUAUCCAAGAAGAACUGGGGCUUCUCACCUUAGGGUGGAUUCAUACCCAUCCAACCCAGAGAGCAUUCUUAUCAAGUGUGGACCUCCACACCCAUUUUUGCUACCAGCAGAUGCUGCCUGAGUCCAUCGCAGUGGUGUGUGCCCCCAAAUACAAAGAGACUGGAAUUUUCUCACUGACACCUACUGGGAUAAAUGAAAUUUGCUGCUGCUCCAUGAGGGGGUUCCAUCCUCAUAGAGACGACACUCCUCUCUUCUGCGACUGUGGCCAUGUCACCACCCAGAACACCAAAGUGAUGAUCACUGAUUUACGAUGA